AACAAUUUAUAACAAUUUAUAACAAUUUAUAACAAUAAUCUUUCAUGUAUAAGAGGUUAUGCUUCAGCACGAUGACCCAAUAUCUACGUUCGAGACGGUUUGCUCCUCUUACGGAGCUUGCAACUGGUCAGCAUCAUGACUUGCCCAAGUUACACGGAGUGAUAUUCGAUGUUGACGGGACUCUCUGCCUCCCCCAAAACCACAUGUUCUCCGAAAUGCGCGCCGCGCUGCAAAUCCCCAAGCACGUCGACAUCCUCGAGCACAUAUACUCGCUGCCCACGGCCGCCCAGCAAGAAUCCGCCAUGGAGUCCAUCCGCGCCAUCGAGCGGCAGUCCAUGACCGCGCAGGUCGCGCAGCCCGGGCUAGCCGAGCUGAUGGCCUAUCUCGACUCGAGGAACAUCCGCAAGGGCAUCUGCACGCGCAACUUCGAGGCCCCCGUCUCUCACCUGCUGACCAAGUUUCUCGCCGGCCACGUCUUCCACCCGGUCGUCACGCGCGACUUCCGCCCCCCGAAGCCGGAUCCCGCCGGCCUGCUGCAUAUAGCCCGGAGCUGGGGGCUGGUGAGGACUGUGGAGGGACCCGGGGAUGAGGCUAAGGUGAGGGCGGUGCUGGAGGAGGAGAGUGCUGGUAGUAGUGCGCGGGAGAAGGAGGGUGCGGAGGGGCGUGACGGCGCGGAGUUGAGUGAGGUGGGUGAUGCGUCGGGAUUGAUCAUGGUGGGCGACUCGAUCGACGAUAUGACGGCUGGGCGGCGCGCCGGCGCUGCUACGGUGUUGCUUGUUAAUGAUGUGAAUAGCCAUCUGGCUGACCACGAACACACUGACCUAGUUAUUGAGCGGCUGGAUGAUUUGGUUCAAGUACUAGACUACGGCUUCGUGGGCAGGGAAAUACAUCAGGACCCCUAGCCUAGGGUUUACGAAGGGUAGUGUAGAUACAUAGUCUCAAAUAUCGCAAGAUGGUCUUACCACAAUGUUUUGGUAUAGGAUACUUAUAGAAUAUCAUGGGUUUAUAAACUCGACUCAUUAGUCGGCCAACCUCUCCUCAGUGGUCAACUUGCUACUUACCAUUGUGAGAUAAUUCUGAAAAAAAAAAACAUAGAUAUGAUUCAUAAUUCGGUA